UGGUGCCGGAUCGAAUACUUAUAAUAUUAGCGACCGAUUAAAGUUAAAAUUCGAGGAAAAAAUACUUCUAUUUUCUAGCGCCUCAAUUACAACGUCCAGUUCACGAUCAUCAUUGACAUUAUUUACUCACUUUUUCUCCCGUCACAGAUAAAUGCAACCAAUAUCCGAAUAAAUUUCGAACUACUGAAGAUAACCGUGGCUGCCUUUACCAAACUCCAACUAUGGUAUACUUGCGUACGCGUAACGUAGAGUGCCCCCUCUAUCGAUGAGUACUCUCCACCUAAAACUUCAGAAAACUUUGGAUGAAUCAACUGCAAGCAGUGGUCUUGUACUGAACUGCUGCGGUACUUAUUGAGUGUGCGUGGCGAUGUGAACCAGACUAAUUUAACAAUCUUGAGCGUUUGCGUGAAAAGUGGAAUACUUUGCGUGCUUUUACUGUGGUUUGCAAGGAAGAGGUACAAUUCCUUUGACGAUAAAACUGAUUUUGCAUAGGAUUUGGGCAGUAAAGGAUCAGGACUUGAAACGCUUGGCGGCUGAGUAGUGGUACACGAAACUACAUCAUGUAACGCACGCACAGUUACCCGUGCGCACAGUAUGCAAUGGCAAGACUUAAUAACAGUGCAGACAGGAUGUGUUUCAUAAUGCAGAUGAUAUCAGCUGUUGAGCUCCCAGCAUCUCUCCACUUCAUUAUGUAUCGGCAGAUGUGUGACAUCACACCACGGAAUUGCCCCCAGCUCCCUUGCCUAGUGGUUUGACUUAGCCACACCGACAAGGGAAGUUGUAUACGGCUUGGGGCGUACCGCAAUCAUGAAAAGGCUGUUGGCAGUGGACGGGGGCUGUCAGUACUUGACUGGAGCUUGACCGCAAUCGUGCCAAUUGCAAACCAGUGUUGACUGGUGUUCUUAGAGUAGAUUGGCUGUGUGUUGUUCCACGUCUUGCGAGGAGGAUUUCCUAAACACUGGAGUCUUCCCAGACUGCUUCCCAGUACUGAUGUCAUGCAACAUGCUGCUCGCUGCCAAAAUUUACGGUCAUUAACUGGACAAAAGCAACUUUUGGCACCGACUCAUCUUAGUUGAUUUUUCUUUGGACAGUGGUUUUGUUCCGGUCUUUAGCAUUCUGUUUACACUAUUUUUAAUGGAGUUGAAGUGAAGAAUAUACAGAGUCCACAAUGCCACGAGGAAUCGUUCGUGUCAACAUGCAGUAUCCAUAUCCCCAAGUUGUCCUGGCAUUAUUGCUGACACUGAAGUCCUCGGCGUUGGUUUAUCACGAGCGGACCUACUGCUUGGCCCCCACACAAGACACAUAUAUUCACGGGGACAUGAACAACCCUUCACUCUUCCAGAAAGACUAUCUAGAAGUCGGCCACCGAUACGACGGACGAGACAGCCGAAUCCUACUGAAGUUCGACCCCGAUGAAUUUCUGCGGAGCAGCGCAUGGGGAGCGGAGAGUAGCUUCCCCAACUUAAACCGCUCUGUUAUCAGUAACGUCACUCUCAGAUUAUCAUGCGUGAAUGUGGCGGACUACUCAAUUGCCGAUGUUACAACCAGUGUCUUCAGGGGAGUGCUUAAGAUAUCAAAACUUCUUCUGCCGUGGGACCAGACCUACGUAACUUCAUCCGUCAGAAAUGUGGAAGGUGGUGUGUGGUGGGUCAGCGGGGUUGAUACAACUGGCCGGGAUGCUACCGCUCCCUUCAUUCAGAAAGACGUCACUAUAGACUACAGCAGUUGCCAGAGCGGCGCGACAGUGUCUUUUGACGUCGACCCCAGCAUCUUCAAGUCUUGGCUUGAGGAGCCGCUGCUCAAUUACGGCCUGUUGGUGUGGGCCGAUUUGGCAGCUGGUGUGGAGUCUAUACUGAAGUUGGCCUCUGUUGAGAAUGGCCAUGUGGAGAGACAUCCUGAGCUUGUAGUCUUGCUUCAAGACACCAUUGUUGAUUCAGGAACGUCUUGCCCUAGUGAGCAGUUCCAGUGUCUGGAUGGCAGCUGCAUUGACCAAUCAAAAGUUUGUAACUUUGCUGAAGAUUGUCUACAUGGGAAUGACGAAGUGACGUGUAGUAUCAAGUGUGACUUUGAGACGCCGUGUCCCUGGGGAACCCCAGCAGUCUCCAGCGGGGUACCAGGCUGGGAGGUUCACAGUGGUCCUACAGAGACGUCUGGUACCGGACCCUCAGGUGGUCAGAGCCAUACAGGCAGUGAUGAGUCAAGCAGCUACCUGUAUGUCGACGCAACAGGUAAAGAGAAAGGCGCCCUCUCGCGUCUCGUCAGCCCACUGUACUCGGAGAGCGGUCCACAGUGCAGCUUCCAUUUCUUCUACCACAUGAGCGGCAGAGAUGUUGGGACGCUACGGGUGAUUCUUGCCCUCGGCAACCAGAAUGUUUCCGUUUGGGAGACGAGUGGAAGUCAAGGGAAUUGGUGGCUGGGUGAUGUGUUGUCCCUCGGGAGACUGAAAGAGCCCUUCCGUGUCAUUUUGGAGGCGGAGCAUAGCGGAGGUGGGGAUGAGGGAGACGUGGCCGUAGAUACCUUAGAGAUGAAGGAUUGCUCCCCAGCUCUGCCGAGCCAGCAGUGUAUGUCCGGUUACUUCCGCUGCGACAACUUGGUUUGCGUGCGACCAGAUGACGUGUGCAGUUUGCGGAAGGAUUGCCUAUUGGGUGAAGAUGAAGACGUGAAACACUGUGGGGUCAUUCCCUUUGGGGGUGCAUGUUCCUUUGAGGAUGGCUGGUGUGGCUGGCACAAUGUUAUCCAAGAUGACGAUUUUGACUGGACCAGACACAACGGUAGCACACGUACAUCCAAUACGGGACCGAGCUAUGAUCAUACGUUGGGUAACAGCAAAGGUUUCUACGUUUACACUGAAGCGAGUAGCAUCCGACCAGCCAGCAAGGCAUUUCUCCGGAGUGUCGUGUUCACACCACCGCCUGAAGAGACCUACAACCCAGCCUCACCACACUAUCAAACUUGUAAAGUGCGAUUCUACUAUCACUUGUAUGGCAGCAACAUCGGACAGUUGAAGCUAUACGCCAUCAUGAAUACCAGUGAAACCAGCCGUCAGUUAUUCAGUGAGUCCUAUGAAAACAGCGACUUGUGGCAGGCCUAUGAUACCUACCUACCAGCCAUCACAGAGAGUUAUUAUCUGCAGUUUGAGAGUACUCGUGCCUUUGGGAACUCAGGCGACAUGGCACUAGAUGACAUUUCACUCAGUCGCCAGUGCUUCCAGCUGGAUGACCUGACCUCAGCCACGAUGACCCCUGACCCAACCACAGAGGUCAAGAUGACUGCAACCCGCAGAUCCAAAUCUACAGAGCCGGUGAGUCCUCUACCCACACUGCCAUCAAGUGACCCCAUGGUAUUUCAGUUCAGCACAUGUGGCAGCAAAGGCGAGGCAGGUCCCAACCAGGCACAGUGCAAUGUGGCCUACCGCUACGAGAACGUGUCCGUCACGAUAAUAGAUGGCAUCCAGAAAUGGGUAGUGCCCGUCACAAAAACAUACAGCAUGCAAAUCAAAGGAGCUGGUGGGGGUACCGGUGUGGAGAAUACCAGCCCGUCCCGCGGAGCUGAGAUGGAAGCCAGUUUUAAUCUGACCGCUGGGGAUCAGCUCUUCAUUUUAGUCGGUCAGGCAGGAGAAGACGCUUGCGACAAUGGAGGAGAGACUGAUUUUGGUCAGAGUGGCAUAUGCAAUGGUGAUGUGACAGAUGAGAACAGGCAGCGGUUUGGGGUGGGAGGCAACCUAGCUGGAGGAGGGGGAGGGGGCGGUGGUGGAUCAUUCAUUGCUAAGUUUGAUGAGACUACCAUGGAGUAUGUUCCCCUGUUGAUAGCUGGAGGUGGAGGGGGUCUAGCUUUCAGCCCUAGUCAGACCAUGGUUGGUGUCCAUGGGUCAGUAGACACACCUGGACCUGGGCUGUCUGGUACCCAAGGAGCAACCAAUGACGUCUCUGGGGCAGGGGGAGGUUGGAACAGCACAGGGAGCAACAUGACCCAAGUCAGCGGCAGGGCCUUCCUUCAAGGAGGCCGGGGUGGCAUCGAGUGUUCACUGGCUCAUCUGGAAGCAGACUGGCGAACCCAUGGAGGGUUUGGCGGAGGGGGAGGGGGAUGCACGACGGGCGGUGGGGGAGGCGGCUACACAGGUGGAGAUGCCUCACUGAUCAAGGAUCUGUAUGGAAGUGGUCAGGGAGGAACAUCCUAUGUGCAUCCAUCUGGCUUUAGUAUCAAGAAGGUGGCAGGAGCAAACGUGGGAGCCGGGGAGGUUGUGAUCACAGCACUCCUCACCUGUCCAGCUGGGACGAGGCUUGGUGAAGAAAAGAAAACUUGCAUUAAUAUUCUCCCAGAUGGUCCAUCAGCUGCCAUCAUUGUGGGCAGUAUUGUGCCAGUGGUCAUCAUAAUCCCCUGCAUAAUUGUAGUCUUCAUAAUUGCUUACCAUCGUAAGAAGAGGAAAGAUCGGGAGGCCACAGAGAGGUUACCAACCGAAUCAGCAGACUACCAGCUGAAUCAGCUGAGACACAAUGCAGCAAUGGACUUCAACCCCUGUUACCAGCUGGGGGAUGGGGCAGUCACUGUGAAGGAUCUGAAGGAGGUGCCUAGGGAGAAUUUGAAAUUGAUCAGAGCCUUGGGUCAGGGAGCCUUUGGUGAGGUAUACCAUGGCCAUUUCCAGCCUUCUGAUGAGAAAGAACCAUUUGAUGUAGCAGUUAAGACUUUACCUGAGAGAAGUACCAAGCAAGACGAGUCAGACUUCCUAAUGGAGGCUCUGAUCAUGGGCAACUUUGACCACGCCAACAUUGUCUCUCUGAAGGGAGUUUGCUUCACUCAGGCCCCACGCUUCAUCCUGCUGGAAUUCAUGGCCGGCGGGGAACUCAAGCAGUUUCUGAGGGACUCACGACCCAGAAAGGGCCAGCCGUCACGGCUAGACAUGUCUGACUUGUUGAUGGCCGCCCAUGACGUGACCAAAGGCUGUGAGUACCUGGAGUCUCAACGCUUCAUCCACAGAGACAUCGCUGCCAGGAACGUCUUACUCAGCAGCAAGGAGAAAGGCCGCACGGCUAAGAUUGGGGACUUUGGAAUGGCCAGGGACAUCUACAGAGCUGACUACUACAGGAAGGGAGGUCAGGCUAUGCUGCCUGUCAAGUGGAUGCCACCUGAAGCCUUCCUAGAUGGAAUCUUCACCUCCAAAACAGAUGUCUGGUCGUUUGGAGUGUUACUAUGGGAGAUCAUGUCUCUUGGUUACAUGCCGUAUCCAGGUAUGAGUAAUCAGGAGGUCAUAUACUUCACCACGCAAGGGCAGAGGAUGAACGCUCCCCGCAACUGCCCAAGACCAAUACAAGAUCUGAUGUAUCAGUGUUGGCAUCAGGACCCAGAUGAGAGACCCAACUUCUCCACCAUCCUGCACUUCCUUUCAAAUUGUUUGCAGGAUACAAGCAUCCUGGACGCACCCCUUCCCCAGGAACUGCUUGAUGAUGACAGAGCACCGGCAGUAAUCAGGCCGCGUAACUCCAAGAACUCCCCUGUCCUUCAAGUACAUGGAUCCGGCAGCCAGUCCUUUGGUGCAGCGGCGGCCCAUACCACUGUCAGCCAGGGGGUGGUCGGCGCAGCGGACGAUGAUGAGUAUUUGACGCCUGAUUGGAUCCCGGGAGGACGAAUGAAAGAGCAUCUCAUACUGGAGGAUGGGAACAUCAACAAUUCAGGGGAUGUCUUGGAAGCCUGCGCGAGGGCGCCCGUUGAAGAACUGAACCAUGAAUCAGUCAGCAAACUGAAAAACAGACGCAAGCGUACGGGGAGCGGUCAUAAGGGACCCAGACCAGACUCGGACACUUCGUUUGACCCACCAAUCAAUCAGGAUAAAUGUGCCACCGAAGCCACAGACCUCCUAGACCGAGGGGAGGAUGACAUGGCUGAGACAUCGUUCACAAGAUCUGCAACGCCAAGAAACUCUUCCAAGGUGCCUCCUCUUGAUUUCAGUAAGCUAACCAAACAGUCCUCACACGAUUCCACACCAGAGGGGGCGUUCCACUCAAAAAAUGAUAACACGUCCUGCCGGCAAUUGACAAGAGAAUCAACAUCGAGAAACUCGGGUAGGGCAGCUGCGCAGCUGUCGCUGGAGGACUCUCAACAAGGAGACUUUGAUACCUCUCAGGAUCUUUGCAGAAGCAGCAGGGCUGAACCUCAGGCAACGGAACCUGACAGGGGCUCUGCCACAACAAACAGCCCCAGAACCGCAGACGAGACACAUUCAACCUCUUUCUCCCCGCGAAUCCUCAACCGGUUUCGGAUGCCCGUCUUCUCUCGCCACAGUAGUCUCGAGGUCCCCAACACCUCCGCGUCCUCGUCUCAGAUGAUGCCCAACAACUCUCUGCCGAUGCUGAGCAGGAUGCAGAGUUUACCGGUCAACCCCAACCCGUACACCAUGACGGAUCUCUCCAGCCAGCCUGGGCUAGCCAGAAGCACACCCGACACCAGUAACGUCAUCAUCGGCAGCAACAGCAGCAGCAGCAUCAAUGAUGCCGCCAACAGGAGAGUCUUGUUCAAUUCCACGUCGGGUCACGUUGUGUUUGAAGAUGAGGAGAUUAACGGUGAGGUCGUUUGAAUUGCCAAGAUACAUCAUGUUUUUGGGACGUUUGUCAAUCAACUUUUGAUUGCACGGGUAAAGUCUAGAAUACACAGUCAAGCUUGACAAUAAAAAAAACAACUUUAAAAGUAUUAUUACCUUCAAAGGAUUUUUUUUAGGGGGGGGGGGUGCAUCACACACCUUUGGAUCCCUGUUAUCUUGGCAUUUUGUAAUUGUGGAUUUUGUGGACAAUAUAUGACCAGAACCUCAAGAAUAAAACCAAAACAGUUUGAAUUUAAUAACAGAUGGUCAGCUGUAUCUUUUUUUUUAUGAAAUAUUAAUAAUAUUCAAUAUACAAAAACAGAAAAGUAUAACAAUCUUCAAAGGAUUAUUUUGAGUUCUUUUUGAGCAUCACGCCGUGCCGUGAAUCCUCUUUUACCAGGACACCCGAGUAUAGACCUUAUAUUCGGGUAUUGGCACAAAGUCGUAACAGGAUUUCAGCUCUCUCUUUCACUGGAUUAAUGCCUGCCACCAGCAGGGAACAAUUAGUAUCACUUGACUGAACGACUUGUUUGGCGGGCCUGAAUCAUUCUUCAGUGGCCACACGUGGAUCAAUCAUAAAUUUAAUAUCCAACGUAAUAUUUGUUUUUGUCCAGUAAUGAAACCACGUUUUCUGUUUUUGAUUGUUAAAUUGAUGCACAGACAAUGAAAAUCCAGAAAUUAUCGGAUCGUAAGUGUGGCCCCUGCGGCGCACAAUAUACGUUCACGCAGUGUGAACUGCAGAGUGCGAGUGUACGAAUGCCUAUGGCCUCCUGUGGCGUAACUAAUUGCCUUAAGAGAUUUACCAGAUAAAGUCACACUGGGCUCAGUCAAAGAUAAGCAGUGAAAUCCUGGUAUUAAAAAGGGCCCAGGCUUUUAAAUGGGAAAAUCACCUCAUGACAUUUGGAUGGCCUUCACAUGUAUCUACGCAUUUUCUAGUCGUCAAUGUUGUGGAUGAUAUAAUACCAGAACCUUAAGAAUAAUAUUUAAAUUGUGAAUUUGAUGACAAAUGGCAGCUGUAUCGUUUCUAUGACAUAUAUAUACAGUAUCAAAGUUUUAACAGCAUUAUAUUUAUCCAUUAACCAUGACAGAUUUCAUCUGUAAAAUUUCAACUAGUUUACCAUAGAUAUAGUUGGUAUUUGAAUGUGACUAUUUUUGAAAAAGUGGAAAUUGUUCAGGGAUCAAUUAUAAAAGUAUAACGAUUGGGUCAAGGGAUAAAGCAAUGCAUGAGCCGGUUGUUAAAAGUUGAGAUUUCAGUAAAUUGAGCUCUUAGACUACAGAAUUUAUUGUAUAAAUCGUUUAUCCGAAAACGGCGAACACCUGACAUCAAACCAUAUAUUAUUGGCAUCUUCAGUAGGCACUGAUAUAUCCAGCUUGCCAUGCUGAAGGAGUUAAUGCAAUGUUAAGCAUUCCACCGUUGUUAAAGUGCGAGUGAAAAUUUCCUCCAAACAACUUUAUGAGAUUAGCAGAUUAAGAAUUUGUCUUGAUAUCGUGAUUAUUGUUCAACAAAAACACACAGGAAAGUAGGACAUAAAGAAAUGCAGAAGUGAGGCAGCAGAAACCAAGCUUAGGAAAGAAUGCGAAAUUAUACAAGCGGUGUUAAACUCGAGGUUCAAACCUACCUCAUUAAUUACGAGGUACAUGUCAUUUAGAAGAAAAUCCAGAAAUGUAGGUAAAUUCUAACAAUCAGUGAAUUGACUGACGUUUAGAAAUACAGCGUGUUAUGGACGAAAUUGUGUUUUGUGGUCAAAAGGCUGUGCACAGUUUACACUGUUUUUCCGAAAAGUGUCAUACCAACUGAGCUGAAACUUCAACAGGUUAGGCUUUGAACAUUCUUUGGAGUUUGAGUGGUGCUACAUUGGAAAGAAACAAAAUACAUGAAGAGAAAAUGGUCCUAUAUGCCUUUCAUUCAUAUCUAUUAUAUUAAACAUGAUAUUUCACAUCACAAAUUCACACAGUUGACUAAUAAUUUUCAUCACUUUACAGAUACCUAUGAUAUCUUUAAAUAACAGUUCAUGCCUUCAGAUCCUACACCAGGGUAGUCCAGUGCGUGAGAUAUGGAGGCUCAAGUGUGUGUGUAAAGGAAUGAGGAACUGAAGGAGUUCCACACAGGUGGUGUAGAAUUUACACGUUCUUUGAAGUGCCUAUGUUGUGUCUUUCUUUAAAUGAAAAUAACUUUUUGCAUGUAGAAUUAAUUAGUUUCCAGAAUAUGUUUUUGAUUGAGCCCGUGGAUACUUGUUAAGAAACAAGUUGUUCUUAAUUUUGAUCAAAAUGCUGCUUCAAACCUGUCUUUUCGUUGUUGGUAUUUAUUUUAUUUAGUUGUUAAUGUUUGAGUUUUGAUAUUCAAUUUUUUUUUUAAAUUGUGAUGUUAUUUUUUUAUGCAAACCUUGUAACGUAGAACAUCAUUUCCCAGCAAAAUAUGUGCUUGGAAGAACACUCCAGUAAUUUCUGUUCAGACAUUGAACCGUAUGCUCAACAUUCCCGUGAUAACUUUCAACUCUUAAAAUGAUGCAAGUUGUAUAAAAUAUAAUAAAAUAACUUUUAUAUUCAAUAAGAAUGAAUUGUGCAAAUAGUGUACAUAAUCAUAAUUUUAAAAAUAUGCAAUGACCAGAUUUUAUAUAUUUUUUUUUAUAGUGUUAUAAAAUAUGGCAAGUUAUCAUGCAAACUAACUGAGGAUUGGGUUUAAGUGGGCACUUUUGUGUGAAUGUAGUAGGCCUAUAGAAUCACUGAAAUGGUAUUUAAGAGUUUGAUUUUGCUGCACGGUGCACCUGAUUGUCAACAAGGAAGCAUUAUUUUAAUUGUAAUUCUAUUGGUAUAUUUAUGCUGAAAAUAUAUUCUGUAUAUUGGCUGUUGCAUUUUUGCUUUUUUAAGUAUAAGAUGUGAAUAUAAGUUUGUAUGUACACAAAUUUGACAUUUUAUUUUCUAUGGACUUCAAAUGUAGUAAUAAAUCAAUAUGCCCGAAGUUAAAUGCUUUAACAGUAUUAUGACUUUAUCAUUCUGCAAAUUCUGUUUUUUAGUUUCAAACAUUUAAGACAUUAAAAACGAUAUAUCCGUUUCUAAAACCUGUUUCAAUUUG